AUACGUGUGAACUUACAACGAAGAUGACAAAGUAACGAUAUCAAAUGGGUUUACCAGUGCAUUUGCCCGUUGAUAAGAAGAAGUUUUUACUAAUAUACCCAGCUGUCUUAACGAUCGGCACACUUUUCAAUCUCUUGAUCCCACAUGGAUGGAUUGUCUAUGGUAGAUCUCUGUAUUGGUUCUCAUCGAGGAAUUCCAUCAAUAGGAUCUUUGCAUACAAUGGGAACCUUAUAUUCCUCAUACUGUUUCCUUGCAUAGCCUUAUCAAGAUUAAGGGAGCAGAACUAUCGCUGGAAGAAGAACACACUGGUAGAGUACGUCGUUAAGUUCUUCACAAAACAGAUCAGUUUGUACAUCUUGUUCUUUAUCAUCGACCGUCUCUUCCUGUAUACUGGUGGUACAUGCCACGUCCAACCUUCGCAUGUGAAGUCAGCUGCCGAGAGGGCAAUGGAUGCAAAGAGUUGUAAUACGAUUUACGGUAUUUGGCAAGAGGGGACAUGUGUGUUAACAGCAACGCGACUGUCGAGGAUGAUCACAGAUUCUCAAGUUUGUAGACGUUUUGGCAAGUGGCACGGUGGAUUUGAUAUAUCUGGACAUUUUUGUUUCAUAGUUACGCUCAGCACCGUAUUUUGGUUCGAACUGAUAAACUUCACCACCUCCUGUGAUUUGGAGAGUCUCAGGGACUCAAAGUUGAAGAAGUCAACAGUUAUUUUACAAUGGGUGCUGUUGAUAGUGUUGGCAAUUUGGAUCCAGAUGCUUUUUAUCACUGCAGUUUUUUACCAUUCAUUCAUAGAGAAGGUAUUGGGGCUUCUGUUUGGGUACAUUACACCAUUCAUGAUGUACUACCUCAUACCGAAAUAUAUACCUACAGUGUAUAUUCAAAAUUAAUAAUACAAUG